AUGGACUUCUCCAAUCCCUCGUUCGAUCCAGCCGACUUCCUCAACGAAAACCUUCCCCCGUUAACCCUCGCGUCGACGCAACCACAUGCCUCUCGCGCGCCCGGGGCGGUGCCUCUGGCCGAGCUCUCGACGCAGAUCCAGUCGCUUCUCGCGCAGAUCAAUGCACAGAACGUACGAUUAUCGAAUAACCUCACCCAGUUGACGGAUGAGAUCUUGCGCAGCGGGAGUCGGCUGGCGUACGAGGUUGAGGUGCUCCGGGGGGAAACCAUUGGGUUGUCGGAUACGUUGGCUGAAGCGUUGCAUGCGGAUAUCGAGAGAUUCGUUCCUGGUCAUCACGGUUCGAUAGAGUCUAAGGAGGAUUCCAGUGAAGAUACUGCAAAAGAAGAUACUACAAGAGAAGAGUCUACAAAAGAAGAGUCUACAGAGUCUACGUCGUCUAUACACGAUCCCGACUUUAUCGUCAAGGUGCGCACGCUGAACCAAGUCCGCGCCCGACUAGAAGAGGUGGUGCACACGUUUGGCGAGGCAAUGGAAUGGCCGCUCCCGCCGUCAGAGAUGUCGCUGGCCUCGUCGUUCAUCUCGGUGUCUGCGCCGGAGCCCGUUGUCGGUGCGGACGGCAGCCAUAAUACCCUGGAGGAAAAGGGCCAGGCGAAGCUGCAGGCCUUUCACGACGAGAUCACAGCACUCCUGGAUGCCCAUGGCCAUGGCCAUGGGCAUGCCGACGCCGCCGCACGACGCAUCGAAGCCCUGCGCGUCCUGGCGACCGUAUGGAAAGGCACAGCAGAGGAAAAGGCACGCACACGCUUUCUCGACGGCUUGGCACGGCUGGUUGAUGACCGGCGGAAAGCAUUGGAGAAGGAGAGGAACCAGGCCGCGCGUGACCGCGACGCAUCACUGCGGGAAUCGACGACGCUGCGGGGUUCAAACAGCGCUCGAGGGCGCUCAUCAAUGGAUCAGAGCCGUGAGGGCGAAAGCACGACGAGUGGAUUACUCCGCAAUCUGCAGCGUUUACGAGACGAGAUUUAUCUAGAGUGA